AUGGGUUCAGAGGUUGUCCACUUCAAAGGUUCUGGACGAAAGUGUGUCCACUCCAUCAUCCCUUCCAGGGAGGAGGUGACUACAAUUUGCGAUUUCUUAAAAUCGGAGGUAAAAGAAAGGGAAGGAGGAAGAGGAAGAAGGGAGAGAGGGAAAUGGGAAGGGGAGGAAGAAGAGAGGGAAGAGGAGGAGGAGGAGGAAGUAGAAGAAGAGAGCGAAGAGGCGAAUGAGGAAGGAGAGGAGGAGGAAAAGAGGGGAGGGGCGGAGGGAGAAGAGAGGGAUGAGGUGGAGGAGGAAGGAAAAGAGGAGGAGGAGGAGGAGGAGGCACUCGACUUAAGCACUCCCCGUGACAACUCUCACAACGCUGAAAUAAACUGUCUCGAGAUUCUCAAUUUUGAAUUAUUUGUUUGUUGA